AUGGCAGGUACAAAGAUGCAAGUCAUUCCUAGUGAAAACCCUCUCUCGGUUUCUGGUCCCAGGCCCAUGGAAUGGUCGACUGUUCCAUACGCUGGUCCUGGAGGACCUGCUUCCAACGGUAAAAACCGAACUUCAAGCUUGGAGUCACCCAUAAUGCUGCUUACUGGUCAUCAAAGCGCCAUCUACACUCUUAAAUUCAACCCCACCGGAGACCUCAUUGCAUCUGGUUCACACGACAAGGAGAUAUUCCUGUGGAAUGUCCACGGCGAUUGCAAAAACUUCAUGGUCCUGAAGGGCCACAAGAAUGCAGUCCUCGAUCUCCACUGGACCACCGACGGAUCAAUGAUUAUAUCAGCCAGCCCCGACAAAACUGUCAGGGCAUGGGACGUCGAGACAGGGAAACAGAUCAAGAAAAUGGCCGAGCACUCGUCAUUCGUAAACUCGUGCUGUCCUUCCAGGCGUGGCCCGCCACUCCUCGUCAGUGGUUCUGAUGACGGGACAGCCAAGCUCUGGGACCUACGCCAGCGUGGCGCCAUCGGUACGUUCCCUGACAAGUACCAGAUCACGGCAGUGGGGUUCUCUGAUGCUUCGGAUAAGAUAUUCACAGCUGGAAUCGACAAUGAGGUGAAGGUGUGGGACAUCAGGAAGGGUGAAGUGACGAUGAAGCUCGAGGGGCAUCAGGAUAUGAUCACUGGGAUGCAGCUGAGCCCUGACGGAUCUUAUCUCUUGACCAAUGGUAUGGAUAAUAAGCUGUGUAUUUGGGACAUGAGGCCUUAUGCGCCACAGAAUCGGUGUGUGAAGAUUUUGGAAGGGCACCAGCACAACUUUGAGAAGAAUCUGCUGAAAUGUGGGUGGUCUCCUGAUGGAAGCAAGGUUACUGCUGGUAGUUCUGAUCGGAUGGUCUAUAUAUGGGAUACUACCACUCGAAGGAUACUGUACAAGCUUCCUGGCCAUACUGGCUCGGUCAACGAGUGUGUCUUUCACCCGACUGAACCGAUACUUGGAUCGUGCAGCAGCGACAAGCAGAUUUACCUUGGGGAGAUAUGA